AUGAUACAUUCAAAUACAUCUCGACCGGAACACCUAGAGCGUAUUGGCGUAAGGCGACCGAAAUGUGCACGAUGCCGUAACCAUGGUUUAGUGGCCUGGGUAAAAGGUCAUAAAAAAUUCUGCGCCUUCCGAAAUUGCACUUGUGAGCAAUGCAUACUCAUUGUGGAAAGGCAACGCGUGAUGGCUGCCCAAGUGGCGCUGAAGAGACGUCAGGCAGUUGAGGAUCUGCUGGUACAAGAAUGGAAAAAAUCCCAAGGAGCUCUUGCAAAUCAUUCCCAUGAAGAGGAGUUGGAAGACUCAAUUCGAACAGAACGAAGUGAUUCUUGGAUGGAAGUCCAUUUGGCUUCCAUUCCGGACAGCUGUAUGUACCCCAAGAACUUCCCAAGUCGCUGGUGCCCCAAGAAACACGACCAGGCACAUAAAUGGAGGAACGCAGACGACGUCUUCAACGUCACGCAUCUUGUUUUCGAGGACGCAUCACCGGCCUUUGCACAGCCAUAUUCACACUGCAAGAAAGUAGGAU